UAUUAGUUGACUUUUUUGCAAUUUGAUUUUAAAAUUCUUCUGAAUUUUCUAUGAUUUUUUAAAAUAGCUCUACCUCUAGUCAAUUCAAAAAUAAAAUCAAUUAUAUUUUCAAACCCGAAAAAAAAUGAAUAAAAACUAAAAAACACGAAAAAAUUUGAGUCAAUAGAUAGGAUUUCUUCCAUAUUAUUAAUAAUUAUUAUCCUCUCAAUUAUACAAAUAUACUGGGUAGAGCCUUCGGCUGGGACCGUAAAUCCCCAUUUUUUAUGUCACUUUCUUCGGCCUAGGCGUGAAAAAUACUAUUUUUACUACGUAUAUAUCAAUUAUGUGUCUAACGAUAGCUAACGAACUAGACGAAUGAUGUCGAGGACAAGACUUACAGACAUAUGACAGAUCUAACAGAAUCCACAACCAAUUUGAAUAAAAGAGGGUCAAUAUGUGGGAAAUCCCCCGUUAUCAUUGACUCUAUUUGCGAAGAGCAAUAAAUUUUGAUUUCCUCCUCAAUUCGUCGAGAGUAAUAACGCGUGUGGGGAUAACGAUCGAUGAUCAGUUACAUAUAAAGGAUUGAAUAAUGCAGACAUCAUCUAGUCUUGUGCUGGACCUAGCAAAUCAAACUUUAGGUACAAUGACUACAAACCGCUUCAUCGGUUUCGCACUAAUUGCUUUUUUCUGUAAUGGAUUUUUAGUUAAUGGAACUGAUGGAAGGGGAGGCAAAUUGAUCACUAAUAAUCCAUCAGCGUCGGGCGAUGGGGGAGUGGAGUUCGUUGCCCCUGAAUCAGGUUCGUCCACCAAAAAACCCUGUGAAUCCCAAAAAUUCCCGGAGGGAUACACAGCGACGGUGGGCAUUGGUGCACAUAAAUAUCAUAAAACCAAGAGAUCAUGGAAUGAUGCCCGGAACACUUGCAUCGACGAAGGAGGUCACCUCCUGGUCCUUACUUCCGAUGAUGAGGAAAAAGUCGUCUUGAACAUGGUUAAUGCCGCAAAAGACCCGGAUACAUGGCUCGGUCUCCACGAUCUUUUUGUCUUCCGCGACUGGGUGAGUGUGGAAGACGUGAGGCUCAAUGCAACUGGCUACAAUCGGUGGUCCCCACGUAUCUCUCCUAAUCCUGAUAAUUACGGGGGUAAUCAGCGAUGUGUUCGUUUACUCAAUACCGGAGGUAUGGAUGAUAUUCAAUGCACAUCGAAUAUAUCUUUUGUUUGCAAAAUUCCAUGCGACAAUUGUCCAGCAAACACCGGCCUUUUGGUGGCAACGAAAGCUAAUUGAGUCUUUUCACUCUUUUUAUUCUAUUCUGUAUCCAACGUAUAUUUUAUGUCAAUUGGUAUAUGAAUAAAAAAUAUGGAAUAUGAAUAAA